AUGAUUUGGAAUCUGGGAAAAGAGACAACGAUGAAGAUAGGCCUUCUUGGAAUCAUCUGCUGCUUGCCUAUUUUAGUCGUUAUUUCCGGCAAAUCGAUUUCGCCUGAUGUUCGAUACUUGGCUUUCAAAGAAGAAGUUUUUUAUGAAGGAGAAAAAGACGAUGAAGAAUAUGUGCUCAAAGAAGUGGAAAGUCUUCAAUCUUCCCUCGAUGAGCUAACAAGUCGAAUUGACCACUUUCUGCUUGAAACAAUGAACAACGAUCCUGAUUGGAAAUUUUUUCCGAAUACUUACAUUUCUGGUCGUAAAAUAAACCACACGAAAAGUCUCGAAGAAGCAAAGAAACAGUGCAAAAAAACCGAUGACUGCGUUGGAAUAACGCGAGAAAAUGGAGACUUCGAGCUUCGUGUCGGUCCCAAAACAGAUGCCGGUACUAGUGGGCAACAUUCGUGGAUACUAAACUUGGAGAAAUGCAAUGAUCCGCUGAAAGAAGAGUUCAUGAUUAACAUUGACAUUCUAGAGCGGAAUUAUAAAGACUUGAGAGGUCAGCGAUUUCGGCGACCGGAUGGAAGAUGCAUUUACAAUGGCCAAUUUUCACAUGUCAACAAGCUACUGGAAUACAACCCUUCACUGAAAUUUACGACGCUUCACUCUCCAUCAACUUGCAAUUUCGACAAUUCCAGCGAAUCAGGAGAAUCCAUCCUCUUCGGAAUCAAGUCAAUGCCUGGCGCCGCCGAUUUCCGACAAUCCAUUCGCGACACUUGGCUCAAUCCAGAUCUUUGGAAGCAACUUGGAUUCCAGAUCAAAGUCGUCUUCAUCAUUGGCCUGAAAAGUGACGAAGAUCUGACAGAAGAAAUGAGAGAACAUGAUGAUCUCUUGAUUUCGGACUUUGUGGAGAAUCAAUAUGUUAUGCCUUACAAAUUCUUGGCUUUGUGGCGUUUCAUGGAAGAUAAAUGCUUUACCGCUGAUUUCGUUUUUAUGGGCGAUGACGAUACCUUGGUAGUGCCUCAAAAUCUCAUCAACGAAAUCUCCAAAAUCAAAUCCUCCCCUUCAAUCGAAGCAAUUGGAUGCAAAAAAGAGGCUGAGCCAGUUUGCAGAAAUCCGAAGAUAAAGUACUUCAUUCCAAAACAAGUCUAUGGAAAGCCAAAAUGGCCGCGCUACAUGUCCGGUGGUGGAUUUUUAACGACUGGUGAGUUUACAAGAGCUGUGGCGAAAGCGGCGAGAGAGGAGAAGCUGGUGAUACCGCUUGAUGAUACCUGGACUGGGAUGCUGAUUGAGAAGAUCGGCAAAGGUCAGAACAUGGCGCGAUCGGAAGGAAUUUGCAUGGGACUCAUGGAGAACUUUUCCGUCCACGACACCUGCGCGACCCGGGGCUUGGCCAUCACCCACAAAGUCAUCGACAGCGAUUUCAUGCGAUCUGCUUUUGCCGACCUCAUUUCCGAAAAUUUCAAAUGCGAUGCUCAAAAUAUGAAAACCAUUCAAACAAAAGUUCGAAAAAUGCGAAAUGAGAAGCAAACUGUUUGGAAAGAAAACUUCCUGAAUUUCAAAACACUCAAUUUCACUGUGCCCAAUUUAUCAUGA